AUGCCUCCAACAUGUUCGACAAAGAAAUGUACUCGUAUAUCACGUUGGCUGUGUGAUUGUUGCCAACAAAAUCUUUGUUUACGACAUUUAAAUGAACAUAAUGCUUUACUCAUUUCUCAACUGUAUCCUUUAACUGAUGAAAUUAAUGUACUUGGGAAUUGUCUCAAUACACUAGAUAUUCAAAAAAUAAUUGACAAUAAUCGUGAAAAACUUGAACAAUGGCGUCAAGAUUGUUAUAAGACAAUUGAUUGUUUAUUUGAACAAAAAUGUCAAGAACUUCAUCAACUUGUUAAUGAAAAAAUUGGUCAACAACGAAAAGAAGUCAAUCAAAUGCAAUUGAAGAUAACUAAACUGUUCAAUGAACAAGAAGCAAACUGUCAAGAUAUCGAAUUAUUGACAUCAACUAUUCGUCAACUCGAAACCAAAAUGAACAAACUUGAAGAAACAUGUUGUACAAUCAAUGCUCGUCCAUUAAUUAUAGAUGACGCGUUGAUUUCUAUUAAGAAUAUGACUGAAUAUGAACUUGAUCUAUCAACUCUUUCACCUAUCUCUAGAACAAUUGCUUGUCCUAAAAACAGUAUUGGAUUACUAACUGGCAAUGAUCAAUACUUAUUAAAACAUCAAAAGCCUAAUUUAUGUUUAUUUGAUCGAGAAAUGAACGUAGUCAAACAAACCUUAUGGCCGUACGAUGCAAUUAAUGAUAUGUGUUGGUCAUCCGCAUUAGAUCGAUUUAUUGUGCUUACAGAAAAUAACAUCUUUCUCAUAAACGAAAAUACAAUGUCAAUUGAUAAUGUAGACACAAUCGAAGAACGAAACUGGGGAUCAUGUACAUGUUCUGACACAGUUCUAGAUCGAAUUGACUAA